UGGUUGAGUUAGUUGAAGAAGAAACAGAACAGCAAACGGGUGCGGAUGAAGAAAAGCAGAGCGACGACCAACCAUUGCAGAUAAGCACACACAUCCUCCAAGCCCCACCAACACGUGUCAUCCACACGUUUUCCCUUUCUGGAUUUUUACAACAUCAUUCUUAAAUAACAACAAACAACGUUAUUAUUCACACACCUUCACUCAAUUGAUACACUUUGUGAAGGACAAAACUUACCACAAAAAUGGCUUCAACUGCAUCUUCACUUUGUUCUUCUACCCUUCAAUCUCAAAUCAAUGGACUCUCCCUUCACAAAACUUCUCGUUUCAAUCCCUCUUCUCUCACUUUUUCCAGGAGGAAAGUUUCAACUGUGGUCAAGGCUACAUCUCGUGUAGACAAGUUUUCAAAAAGCGAUAUCAUUGUUUCUCCAUCUAUUCUUUCCGCUAACUUUGCAAAAUUGGGAGAACAGGUGAAAGCAGUGGAGUUGGCAGGUUGUGAUUGGAUUCAUGUUGAUGUUAUGGAUGGUCGCUUUGUUCCAAAUAUUACAAUUGGACCUCUUGUGGUUGAUGCAUUGCGCCCUGUGACGGAUCUACCUUUGGAUGUUCACUUGAUGAUUGUAGAACCAGACCUGCGGGUGCCAGAUUUCAUCAAAGCUGGAGCUGACAUAAUCAGUGUUCAUGCUGAACAAUCUUCCACUAUCCAUUUGCAUCGUGCUGUUAAUCAAGUGAAAAGUCUGGGAGCUAAAGCUGGAGUUGUCCUAAACCCUGGUACCCCACUAAGUGCAAUAGAAUAUGUCCUUGAUGUGGUUGAUUUGGUCUUAAUUAUGUCCGUAAACCCUGGCUUUGGUGGCCAGAGUUUUAUCGAGAGUCAAGUAAAGAAAAUUUCUGAUUUGAGAAAAUUGUGCGCGGAGAAGGGUGUGAAUCCAUGGAUUGAAGUGGAUGGUGGAGUUACCCCGGCAAAUGCUUACAAGGUGAUUGAGGCUGGAGCUAAUGCACUGGUUGCUGGUUCCGCUGUGUUUGGAGCUAAAGAUUAUGCUGAAGCUAUAAGAGGAAUCAAAGCUAGCAAAAGACCUGCGCCAGUUGCUGUGUGAAAUACCUCCGUGGUAUCCUUUCCAUUUUACGAUCGAAUACAAUAUUCAUAAGCAGGCCGAUUUGACAUGGCUUGCUUGCUUCUCUGUGGAAUAAACUAGAAAUCAGCCAAUUAAGGCUUCUGCUGUGAUGCAUAUUUGUGUAUAAUCUCUUGGAAUAUCAGAACCUCUUUAAUAAUCCUACUGUCUAUUAGCUUGUAACUUUCUGUUGUGUUCCACCAUACUGUAAAGAAGUUUUGUGUUUUUUGACAUUAUAUAAGGUUGAAAGAAAACCAGUUAUAACUUUUCUUUUC